ACCAAUUUCAGAAAUCCAGAGUCAGAUUGUUUUUCCCUCAAUAAUCCGUCACGGCGGAGAGACGGAGGAGGAGGCUACUCAAUGUCGACGGUGUACGUAUUGGAGCCGCCGACGAAAGGCAAGGUGAUCAUCACGACAACCUACGGGCCUUUAGACGUCGAGCUCUGGCCAAAAGAGGCCCCCAAAGCUGUCCGAAACUUCGUGCAGCUCUGCCUUGAAGGCUACUAUAACAACACCAUCUUCCACCGAAUCAUCAAAUCUUUCCUCAUUCAAGGGGGUGAUCCAACCGGCACUGGCACUGGAGGAGAGAGUAUCUAUGGGGGUGUGUUCCCUGAUGAAUUCCACUCCCGCCUUAGAUUCAAACACAGGGGUUUGGUUGCAUGUGCUGGUUCCGGCUCACCCAAUACAAAUGGAAGUCAAUUUUUUAUAACAUUAGAUAAAUGUGAUUUUCUAGACAAGAAGCACACAAUUUUUGGAAAGGUAACUGGGGAUUCAAUCUACAAUCUUUUGAGUCUCGGCGAAAUUGAAACUGACAAUGAUGACAGGCCAUUGGAUCCUCCCCCUAAAAUCCUUUCUAUUGAGGUAUUUUGGAACCCAUUUGACGACAUUAUUCCACGGGUGACACCUAAAACUGCUUUAGUGCCUUUAGCUGACAAUGACCAACAGGGUAAAAAGCGGAAACCUAAAAAAAACUUGAAUUUGCUUUCAUUUGGCGAAGAAGCAGAGGAAGAGGAGAAAGAUUUGUCUGCAAUCAAUGUCAGGAUAAAAAGCAGUCAUGAUAUACUGGAUGAUCCACGCCUUCUGAAGGAAGAAAACCAUGAUGAAAGUUUGACAUCAUCUGAGAACAAAAUAAGAAGGGACGUGCAGUUAAGUGUCAAAGAAGCAUUGCGCUCAAAGGGGAAUGCAGUAGCGAGAGAACCAGACGCAAAACCUCAUCAAUCCCAUAGUGAAGAAGAAGAUGAUGAUGACGAUACUGGCUUUGAUGUACGAAUGCGUAGGCAGAUAUUGGAAAAAAGAAAGGAACUUGGAGAUAUGCCAAGCAAGCAGAAGUUGCGAAAAGAGAACUCCAAGACAAGGGCGCGCUCCUCGUCUCCUUCAAGGUCUGCCAAAGAAUAUGAUGACCGACCAAAAAUUGAAAGAUUGUCUAUAAAGAAAAAGGGAAUAGGGUCUGAUGCUAGGGUUGAACGCUUGGCUUGUGCUGAUACAGACCUGCAAUUACUAAAUGGAACUGAACGUGAUAGACACUUGUUGAAGCUAAAACGGCGCAGGCGCCAUGGGCAGGAAGAUGUGGUGUUAGCGAAACUAGAAAAGUUUAAGAAUUUGAUUUCUUCAAAGCCGCAUACUGUUAGUGGUGAAAAUGAUGGAGAAAAGGGUGAGGACCUAUCUGGUUGGGCAUCUGCCAAGCUAAAAUUUGACCCUGAGCCUUCAAAGAACAAUAUGUCGCGCAACAAUGACCCGAAUGACUAUUUGGUGCAUGACCCACUUUGGGAGAAAGGCAAAGAGAAGUUCAAUAAAAUGCAAGUGAAGCAGAAGCGCCGAGAACGAGAAUGGGCAGGAAAGUCCAUUACUUGAAAUUCUCCAUUCUUGUGCUAGCAUGAAAUGUAGUUUAUAUAUAUUGAUACCUUCUGCUUGAUGGGCUGAAUCAAGUCCUCUUUCCGUGUUUUUUCGGUGCCAAAAAAUGAAUGAAUAUUUCGAUGCUAAGAGGAAUCUUUAUCAAAUUUGUACAUGUUCUAUAAGACUGAAUUUGAAACAAUGGCAUUAACUCAUCAUUAGCCGUCACUCUAUAUAUCUCAUUAUUUUGUACAAAAAUGAUUGGGGGUUACCAAGAAUUUGACACUAUAGUGAUACCAAGUCUUUUUUUCACAAACACAUUUCAGAUGAUAACAACUUUAUGUGUGUUUAGUUGGAUGUUGGAAGAAACAAAAGCCCCCGCGGAGCUGUCCACAGCAGUGGAUCCAAACCCUUCGCCCGGCGCGUGCACUGCACCUCCCUCUCUGCUCCCUCCCCUGUCUGUUGUCUUCUCCGCUGCUGCUCAGCCAGACACAGAGAGCGAGUUCGCGCAUACGAUGGAGGAGGAGGAGCACGGCGAGGCGGAAGUGCUUGGCUCGAGCUAUACGAUGGAGAAAGUCGCCGCCGCAAAGCAAUUCAUCGAGAACCACUACAGGAAUCAGAUGAAGAGCAUACAGGAACGCAAAGAGAGGCGGUGGGUUCUCGAAAGAAAACUAGCUACUUCUGAUGUGCCCAAAGAAGAGCAACUAAAUCUGAUCAAGGAUCUAGAACGAAAAGAGACCGAGUACAUGAGGCUUAGGAGGCACAAGAUAUGUGUGGAUGACUUUGAGCUUCUAACAAUAAUUGGUAGAGGAGCCUUUGGUGAGGUCAGGUUAUGUAGAGAGAAGAAAUCGGGAAACAUUUAUGCUAUGAAGAAGUUGAAGAAAUCUGAAAUGCUCACAAGAGGACAGGUGGAACAUGUGAGAGCAGAGAGAAAUUUAUUGGCAGAAGUGGCCAGUCAUUGCAUUGUGAAACUGUAUUAUUCAUUCCAAGAUGCCGAAUACCUUUAUCUUGUGAUGGAGUAUCUACCAGGUGGUGAUAUGAUGACUCUGUUAAUGAGAGAGGAUACACUGAGUGAGGACGUGGCUAAGUUUUACAUUGCCCAGAGUGUACUUGCCAUAGAGUCCAUUCACAAGCAUAACUAUAUUCACAGGGAUAUUAAACCUGAUAACCUUCUUCUGGAUAAAAAUGGUCACAUGAAGCUCUCUGAUUUUGGUCUUUGUAAGCCCCUUGAUUGUAGAACUCUAUCUACUCUAAAUGAAAAUGAAGCUAUGGGUGAUGAGAGCAUUAGAGAUCCAAUGGACAUUGAUGGUGGCUUCCCUGAUGCUGGCAAUAUUAGCUGGAGAAGUCCACGGGAACAGCUCCAACAUUGGCAAAUGAACAGACGGAAGCUGGCAUUUUCAACCGUUGGCACACCAGACUAUAUUGCCCCUGAGGUUCUGUUGAAGAAAGGAUAUGGCAUGGAAUGUGACUGGUGGUCCCUUGGUGCAAUUAUGUAUGAAAUGCUUGUUGGCUAUCCCCCAUUUUACUCAGAUGAUCCCAUAACUACUUGCAGGAAGAUAGUUCAUUGGAGAUAUCACCUAAAAUUUCCCGAAGAUGCGAAAUUGUCACCCGAAGCAAAGGAUCUAAUAUGUAGGUUAAUAUGUGAUGUAGAUAACAGACUUGGAACUGGUGGUGCCAGCGAAAUCAAGGCUCAUCCUUGGUUCAGGGGUAUCAUGUGGGAGAAGCUGUAUGACAUGAAUGCUGCAUUCAAACCAGAAAUCAACGGGGAGCUGGACACUCAAAAUUUUAUGAAAUUUGAUGAAUUGGAUCCUCCGACACCUGCAAGAACUGGCUCUGGACCUUCACGUAAGAUGUUACUGACUCCCAAGGAUUUAAGUUUCGUGGGGUAUACAUACAAAAACUUUGAUGCGGUGAAGGCACUACUGAACUCUUCCGGCAAUUCAAAAGAGAAUCCAGGAACGAACAAACCAGCAGCAGGGGAAACAGGCAUACACAUGAUCACAUCAACAUGUGAUGCAAUGUUACCAUAACAAAGGCUGACCAGUUCUUCAAAACCUACAAAUGGGACGUAGCAUGUAUCUGCCUAUUUGAUCAGGUUUGCUCGUCCCUGCUCCAUCAUCUACGCUUGUUCCUAAAUUUACUGAACUUCCCUCCGUGUAAUUGUACAGUGUGCUUGAAAAACAAUGUAAUAGCUGGAUUCAAUAUAACUUUCAAGGAGGG